UCAGGAUCCCUUCCUGCCAGCAUGAAAGCUGACUUCCACUGGGAGGCAGACGGGUGUGCAGCUGCUCCGCUCCCUCCCUCUGCCCCCUCUGGAGGGCACCCGGGCCUUCUCCCACCACCCCCACAUGCUGAGACACACUGUGGGUUUGUUGACGGUUCUCCACCGAGCAGGGGACUCACUUCUCCCUUUUGUUUGUUUUUCUCUGGACAGGUCUUCACACAACGAGCUAGAAAAGCAUAGACGAGCCAAACUGCGGUUGUAUUUGGAACAGCUCAAGCAGCUGGUGCCCCUGGGGCCGGACAGCACCCGCCACACGACCCUCAGCCUUUUGAAAAGAGCCAGGAUGCACAUCAAGAAAUUAGAAGAACAGGACCGGAAAGCCCUGAACGUGAAGGAACAGCUGCAGCGUGAGCAUCGCUACCUCAAACGCCGCCUGGAGCAGCUCUCAGUGCAGGGCAUGGAACGUGUGCGCACGGACAGCACCGGCUCAACCAUCUCCACAGACUCAGAGCAAGAAGUGGACAUUGAAGGAAUGGAGUUCACCCCAGGGGAAAUGGACAGUGUUGGGAGUGCCAGUGAUGCCGAUGACCACUACAGUUUGGGCAGCGGCUCCAGCGACAGCAGCUACUCCCACUCCCGCAGACUGUCGGGCCGGCUCUCGUAGGGCCCGAGCGAGCACCCCCGACCCCGUCCACCUCCGGAGCAUCCAACUGAAGCACUUAGACCGACGACUGAUUCCACCCGUGUCCACUGCGGCUCUCCCAGGAAACUCCAACCACUGGCCUCUGCUGAAGAAGCGGGGGCUUUGAACCCCUGGUUCCCUGCCCUGGGACCACACCAAGUAGCUCUUGUCAACCCCGGUUUUUACUGCAGAGAUCCGUGGUUAGGUACAGUUGUGACUUAAAGUUAGCUUGAUGUAGCUGUAACUAUAAUUUUUUUUUAAAGUCAUAAUCAUUCCAUUGAAGAAGUAUUAAAUGUAAUUGCUGGAAACACGCAUGACGGUGUAAGAAGUUUAAUAAGAAACCAAAAGCAAACCAAAAAUCAGGAGAAUGAAAGAAACCAAGAGAGACCCCUUGGAAAUCUUGAAAAGUGACUGGACUUGUUGAUGCUGGAUUGUGGGCCAGCUCCUCCCUGGGGGAGGAGAAGGUGCCCCGACAGUACCUCCUAGUGUAUUAGUAUUCUGGAAACUUUGUUUGCCCUUGAGAAAUGUUGAAUGGGUCAUGGCCAAUUUAAGACUAUGUAGUAGAAACUCUUCCCACAGUUUGAAAGAGGCAGAGCCCCUUCUCCCAAAUCCCACCCUACUUAAUUCACUCUCCAAAACUAGGUUUGCUCUGAGAUCUCUCCCUAAUUAACCAAUUACCACUGUGCUUCAGACUGGGUGGAUGGAAAGCCAAGUUAAAGAAUGACUUCAUGAGGAAUGUUGAGUUGCCUUUGGCUUUGCAUGUUCAGCAUCUUAAUGGCAGCAAAGCUCUUUUUUCGACUGGUCGGCGGGGCAGGGUGGCCUCGUGAGUGAGCUCCCAAGGAGAUAGCCAGGGAGCAGCCCCACUUCUUUCUUUCAUGGCUCUCGGCUAAUCCUCCAGAGCCCAACUACUCCAUAUUAGUGCCAGCUCUUGGAGACAGGCCAUGGGAAGGUGGGUAGGCCCCCUUCUCUUUUCCUUUUUUGCAGCAGCCACUACCUUUGGUGGGAAAGGCCCAGAUCCUAUUUCCAGUAUUCUUUUAGAGGACGAGUAAGUCAGUUUUCUCCUUUUGCACACCAUGUAACAGCAUUUUUCUCCUCUUAAAAAAAAUGCAAAAAAAAAGUUAUGCUUUAAAACAACCCAACUUAUAUAGCAUUUGUCCAGCUUUUCUGAACAUAUUUACCCAAGUCGUAGCAAUACUAUGAAGAUGUAUUUUUUAAUACAAAUUCUGCUUAGUGAAGUCAUUAGGGCUUGGCUUGCUGGGUAAGAAAAAAUGGACCAGUCUUUGCAUUAGUAUUAGAGAAGGUCUUUUCAAAAAAAAAAAACACAAAAAAACAAAAACAAAAAAAGAAAGAAAAUGGCUAUAAACACUUUUAGAUAAGUGGUUUUAGCAAGUGUAGUCUAUAUUUCCUGUAAGAGAUUUUGUAUUAUAUUUUCCUAAAUGUUCUCAUUUCCUUGCAUUGGGAGGGAGUGGUACAGACCCAGAGUCCCAGGGACUCUUCACCGUUGUCAUAUCGUGCCUUGGUGACUGUGUGUGUCCCUCUCUUUGCACUGUUCAAAAGACAGUGAAGCCUGGCCAAGUGAGUAAGUGGUUUCCUCUGUGGUUCUCCAUGUGAGGGGUCAGGUCUCCCUCAAUCUCUCCCCUUCCAGAAACUAGCCAGAGCUGGGGACUUCUUCCUCUCCUGUGUCCCUUUGGAUGGGAUUGUGGAACAGCAAGGAGAUGAGAGUUCCCUUUCUAGCUCCUUAAGCGCACACACAGCCCUGUUAUUGGAGUGGCUUAUAAAGCUGGGAUCUCUGUGAGACAGAAACUUAUUGGCUUCUGAAACAAGAGCACAUUACUGUACUGUAUCACAUCCUAGAACUUGUUACGGUGCUGCCAUCUUGGAUUUAUUUUUUGGUAGUGUUUGAGCAGUCCUCACAAUACUGACCCUCAGUCCUCAAACAAAGACCCAGCUGUUCAGUCAGCACCUGAUGUACGUGUGCCCCCACUGCUCUUACAGUACAGGAUGUAGAAACCUGAAGACGUUUAUUUUAUGGCAGCUUUUUUUUGGGGGGGGGGGUGCCUUAUUGUGCUCUUACUUAACCACAGAGGGGAAUCUUGUUAAAAAGGAAAAACAUCCCCUUUGAGUUAUGUAACCUGACUCACAGGCACCCCUUCCACCAGCUGGGGGAAGGGCUCUGGGUCAUCAACUUUGGCAGCUGAUUCUGAAAACCAUUAACCUUUUCUGUGAUGCAGGUUUUGGUAUUAUGUUCAAUAUACCUUGCAGAUGACUAAAAUCCUCAUUGUUGGGGAAAAAUACACAGCAAUAGACUUAUAUUGUGGGUAGCUGAGAAACAGCAAAACUUUACUAGCUCCUUUGGUGCCUCUAUAACUAAUUUCCAAAUCAUGGAAACAAAAUCAUGAGUUUACUUCAAAUAACACACAAGACUGUUAGCAGGCAGGUCAUCCACCAUGAGGCUUGGAUCCACUGUAGCUGUUCAUUCGUUCUAUAAUGAGCAUGCUCCUGAAUUGUAAAGUGUUUCCUUUCCUGAGCCCUCUUGCACAGAACCUGCUAAUAAAUGAAAAUUUUAAAUUAACAGAGGGAUGGGUGAGAUUUUAAAAAAAAUGAAUGUGAUUGUCACUGAAUGCUAAUUUGAAAUAGUCCCUUCUCUUUGUCCCUUCCACACACAUUCCCCCACCUCCCCCAACAGGAGUGUGUAGAGGCUGAAUUGGGGAAAUCUUGCAAAUCUAAUUGUCCCAGCUUUAUCAGUACUUUCACAAAUACUGCCAAGUCCAGAAGACACAGGUGUGUGGGUGUCUCUCCUACUACUACUCGUUGCUUUCUUAAUGCCCAACUGGUUCCCAAAGAGAGAGAAUUCCAAAGCUAUGCAACCCACAUCCCAACCUGGAGCCAGCAGGGCACAGCAAUGUGGGGCAUUCCCUCUUUGGAAGUUGCUUAUUGAUUUAGGCAACCCCCACCUGAUAGUUUGACAACUGGGACUCCACCAUUUUCUUUGCUUUUUGAAUUUCUAACAUCUUUGCUUAGCAGUAGUUUGGGGAUGGUAGAUCCAGUAAUCAGACAAUUCAGGAGUAACUAACUCUUCCUUGUGGAGCUUGGGAUUUCUACGAAUAAUUUGAAUUGUAAAGGAAUACAUCAGCCUGGCAUUUGGAAAUUGAAUGUAAACUGGUCACACACCCUCUCCCUUUUCCCUUCCCCAUAUUUGCAAGUGUUUCCUACCACAUGUUAUUUGUGUGACUUUAGGAAACUCAUUCUGUUUCUAGGAUUUAACUGUCUCAUCUGUAAGACUGAGGACUUCAUGACCUUCAAGGUCCCUCCCAGUUUGAAAACCCUGUGACCCUUUGGCUUGGUGUUGCCUAUGGGAAGGGUAGCUUGGCUUCAAAUAAAGCAGUUUAAUUCCGCCAGGACACUUUCAUACCAUAGGGUCUAUCACUAGCUGGGUUAACCAGUCCAGGAGAGGACACCCUGUUGGCUAUAGGGCCUUGGGGUUACACAGUCCAAACCAUCACUCAACACUCUGGAAACGAGUGGACUUUUAAAGUUGCCGUUUGCACAUAUAUUAGGAAUACAUAUGGUGGACAGGUGAUUAUCAGUAUAGCCCCAACUUCUCUGAAUGAUUUUAUGUGGCGUGGCUAUAAGCUUACUUCAGUGAAAUAUACAGGUGCUCAGGACACAGAAUUUUCAGAUUUGAUCAUGAAUCAUGACUACAUUAAAUUUUUUUUUCUUUCUGUUCAGUUUUCACCAAACCCAUUUAUCUUAAAGAACCAAAAUACAAAGCCAUGUGUAAGGACACAGAGAGGUUAAGACUCUCCCAUGCUCACCUCUCUUACCCACGUAAAAGGAGGCCUGGGUUCACAGUGAACCAGGAGACUGAGCAGACAGCACCCCAGGGCAAGUCUCACUGCCCUCCUCGGCAUGGUCUGUGCUUACUCAGAGUGUUCCAUUUUCUGGUUUCCUUCAUCACCACCUACUGUCAUCUUCUUCCAAAAUAUUUUCUCUGGAUAAAACAGAAAUUCCUCCAGUCACCCAAGCUGCAAUCCAGAGAGCAAUUGCCACUGCAUGGCCAUCUAGAUUUCAAACAUCAGUGAAGUAAGGGCCUCAUAGAGUCUUCUUUAGGGAAUCUCUUUCCAAGGUGGAUUUUGGUGUUUAUCAAGUGUGAUAAUGUAGGACUUAACCGUUUCUAUCUUGUAAGAGCAGGAUGAGAAAGAAGAAAGUGAGUUUCACUUAGAACAAUGUCUCACUUUUGUGGUUUAAAAGUGGUCCCUUUUGGAAGGAAGUUCAUGGUCAGUAAAAAUUCUAGUUACACAUUAUCCUCCUCUCUGGGAUUCUUUUCUUGCCACUCUUCUUAAGAAGGGAGCACAGUCCAGGGUCAAAGAAAGUUGGUGGCUGGUGUGGCCCCAUCCAGGGUGGAUUAGAUUAACUCUGAGGGCUCUUCUAGCUCCAAAAUCUUGAGUUUCUAUGUGAGAGAUAAAGAAAAUCACCCUCCCAGUCAGGUGCCUAAAAAAAAAUGCCAAUGGAGACAAGAGGUCUGGGAAUAGAAACUCAAGAGAACUCCAUUUAACUAGCUUGGUGAGUGGUUUAGCUUUCCCUAAAGGACACCUUGUUGACCCCCCCACCCCAUCCCUAUGUGAAGGGUUCUGGACUUACAUUCCUUCAUCCUCCAAAGCUGCACCAUCUAAUAGGUAUAAAGGAGGGCCCAAGAACUCGUCAUUGAGGCUUCUGUGAACAGAAGGGUUGUGUUGAUCAAGGAGCCACACCAGAGGGGCUGAGUAGAGUGGGAGGAGGGGGAAGGAGAUCACCUGACUGGUGAUUUCUUCAGGUGCCUGGGCAGGUUCUGUGCCAGAGAUAUUUUGAAUAUGUACCUGAAAAGGAACGCUUUGUAGGUGGCAAGAUGUAUUAUAUUGUAAAAAUUCAUUUGUACACACGUUCCUGGUGCUUGCUGCUGCCUGCGGCUCCCACUGAAGGUAUUGUGUUGUAUCUGUCUUUCAUUGUAAUAUAAAUACAAAUUUUUAUACCUCA